AUGGGGAAUUUUUGCUCAUAGAAAGAAAUUGAUGAGUAAUGUAUUAUACAACAACGAAAAUCUAGUAGCGAAUCCUUCCAUUACAGUUAAAAGCCUUUGAAACGACUGGAAAAAAGCGAAUCUGUUUACUCUGAUUUGCAAGUAAGUAUGUCACCAUACAGUUAAUUAGUGACUCAACUCAUCGAAUUGAAAGAGGCUUCAGAGAUGAUAAGCAAGUCGUAAUUAAGAAAAUCAACAAGAGCAUCUUCUUCUCUUAAGAGAUGCUGGAAAUGCAGAAAUAAAUUUUACUUAAUGUUCGCUUUCCUUUUAUUUAACACUCCUUAAACAUGCACCUUUGAAUUGGAGAGUUGUUUAUACGAUCUUGAACAAUUAGCCUAUAAGAAAUAGUUGAGUGACAUUUAGAUCUAAUUCAUCACUGCACAAAUCGCAUUAGCAAUUCACGAAAUUCAUAAGUCUGGUUACAUCUAUCGAGCCUUGAAUCCUUCCCACAUUUUGAUUGCAGAAGAUGGUUAUAUCAGAUUGAUCGGUUUCGGAUUCUCCAGCAAUAAGACAGUGUUCUUUAAAAUUAAUACGUAUGAAGAAAUACGCAUAUUCCCCCCAGAAGCCAUGGAGAUGCUAUUUGAUUAGAGUGGGGAUUGGUGGCUUUUGGGUGCCCUACUAUACAAAUUGCUGUUCGAUUGUUACCCUUUUGAGAAUGAUGACAGAGAUGUAGAGACACUAAAACAAAAGAAGAAACAGAAUGUAAAAGAAUUCCCAAGGGAAAUAGACCCUAAUUUGUAGGAUCUCAUUGAGAACCUUUUGAAGUGGGAUCCUCUGGAGAGAUUAACGAAAAUCGAGUUAAUUAUGCAACAUAAAUACUUCUGCUAGAUUGAUUGGAAAUUAUUGAAAGAAAAAUUAAUAGAAUCCCCCCUAAAAGAAUGA